GGAAGAUGGCGGCGGCGGGUGGCGGGUGGGCGGCUGAGGCGGAGGAGUUCGAGGACGCUCCGGACGUGGAGCCGCUGGAGCCGACGCUGGGAAACGUCUUGGAGCAGCGAAGCCUCAAGUGGAUCUUCGUGGGGGGAAAGGGCGGCGUGGGCAAAACCACCUGCAGUUGCAGCCUGGCGGUGCAGUUGGCGCGAGUGCGCGAGAGCGUUCUCAUCAUCUCCACCGAUCCGGCGCACAACAUCUCCGACGCCUUCGACCAGAAGUUCUCCAAAGUGCCCACUAAGGUCCAGGGCUACGACAACCUCUUCGCCAUGGAGAUCGACCCCAGCCUCGGGGUGGCGGAGCUGCCGGAUGAAUUCUUCGAGGAGGAUACGGUGCUGAGUAUGGGGAAGAAGAUGAUGCAGGAGGCCAUGAGCGCCUUCCCGGGCAUCGACGAGGCCAUGAGCUACGCCGAAGUCAUGAGGUUGGUGAAGGGGAUGAACUUCUCGGUGGUGGUGUUCGACACGGCGCCCACGGGGCACACGCUGCGGCUGCUCAACUUCCCCACCAUCGUGGAGCGCGGGCUGGGGCGGCUCAUGCAGAUCAAGAACCAGAUCAGCCCCUUCAUCUCCCAGAUGUGCACCAUGUUGGGGUUGGGGGAUAUGAACGCUGAUCAAUUGGCGUCGAAACUGGAGGAGACGCUGCCCGUGAUCCGCUCCGUCAGCGAACAGUUCAAGGACCCGGAGCAGACGACGUUCAUCUGCGUGUGCAUCGCCGAGUUCCUUUCGCUCUACGAGACGGAACGGCUCAUCCAGGAACUCGCCAAGUGCCGCAUCGACACCCACAACAUCGUGGUUAACCAACUCGUCUUCCCCGAGCCGCUCCGGCCGUGCCGCAUGUGCGAGGCGCGGCACAAGAUCCAGGCCAAGUACCUCGACCAGAUGGAGGAUCUGUACGAGGAUUUCCACAUCGUGAAACUGCCGCUGUUGCCCCACGAGGUUCGGGGGACGGACAGAGUCAACGCCUUCUCCUCACUCCUCUUGGAGCCCUACACCCCCCCCAGCCCCAAAUAACCCCCCCGGGCCCCCCCGGGGCUGGG